GAGCGAAUUUAGUUGCAAGUUUCGAGACACGACACACACAUGAUGGACGCCAAAUUUUUGGUGAUCCUCGCCCUGGCCGCAUCGGCCUCUGCUGGGCCCCUUUCAGUACAAGAAUCCGACAAAUGCUCUGAGACAUGCACAGACAAUGGCAAGUUCAAAUACAACCCCGGAUACAUCUACAGCUACGACUACCA